GCCAUACGACACACUCGGAUAGUCAACUCUGAGGAAUCAUGAUGAAAGCGGCCCUUGUCCUGCUGUUUGCUGCCUACGCUCACGGGUGUGGCACACCCACCUAUCAGCCCUCUGUGAGCCGUGUUGUGAAUGGGGAAGAUGCCCGACCCUACAGCUGGCCCUGGCAGAUCUCUCUGCAGUAUCUCAGCGGCUCCACGUACCAUCACACCUGUGGAGGCACUCUGCUCGCUCCCAACUGGGUCAUGACUGCCGGUCACUGCAUCGGAUCUCGUACCUACCGCGUGGUGCUGGGCGACUACGACCUCACCAAAGAGGAGAGCUAUGAGCAGAUUAGAGGCGUAGAGAAGAUCGUGGUUCACCCCGGAUGGAAUAGUAACUGCCUGUCUUGUGGUAAUGACAUCGCGAUGAUCAAACUGGCGUCCCCUGCCGUUGUGAACGACAAGGUGCAGCCGUCUUGUGUGCCACCGAGCGGAGAGAUCGCUCCUCACAACGACCCCUGCUACAUCACUGGCUGGGGAAGACUCUACAGUGGUGGUCCUAUCGCCUCUAAGCUCCAGCAGGCUCUCCUUCCUGUGGUCGGCCACAGCGUCUGCAGCAGCAGCGGCUGGUGGGGCAGCAGCGUGAAACCCACAAUGAUCUGCGGUGGCGGUGACAUCCGCUCUGGCUGCCAUGGGGAUUCAGGAGGCCCUCUAAACUGCAAGGGUGUGGAUGGCAGGUGGUACGUGCAGGGGGUGACCAGCUUUGUCUCCUCUCUAGGAUGCAACACCCCCAUGAAGCCCACAGUGUUCACUCGCACCUCUUCCUUCACCAAGUGGAUCAGUGACACGAUGCUGCAGUACUGAAGACCUG